AUGAAGGCCACAGAGCCGGCUUUAAAGGAUUCUAGUAAAACCGAAUACGAUCGCAAGGGCUUAACCGCUUUGAACUUCGUCAUUGGUGGUCUUGCGGGAUGCUGUGCAAAAUCCGUUAUCGCUCCACUGGAUCGGGCUAAAAUUAAUUUUCAGGCAUCUGAGAUGUGCUUUAAUGUAAAGACUCUCCUCCAUUUCUUCAAAAAAUCAUACAGAACUGCUGGCAUUACUAGUUUCUGGCGUGGUAAUUCGGCAACAUUGACUCGUAUAUUUCCCUAUUCUGCUUGUCAGUAUGGGGUUCAUGAAAAAGCAAAGCAAUUCCUUGGAUUAACCGAUAUCUCAAACAAUUCUUUAUCGAUAACACAAGUUCGAAGUCGGCGGUUUAUCGCAGGAUGCACAGCUGGGUCAGUUUCUGUAGCCUUAACGUAUCCUCUUGAUUUGGUUCGAGCCCGAAUGGCUAUCACAGAACGCGUCAGAUAUGCUAACCUCUUUGACAUUGCUCGAAUGACCUAUCGAGAGGAGGGAUUGCUUUCGCUUUAUCGUGGAUUUACUCCUGCUUUAAUCGGCAUUCUUCCCUAUUCCGGUAUCGCAUUUUCAACUUUCGAAACUCUCAAGGAGUGGCGACUUAAGAGGCGAAUAUCACCGGAUGGUCGGUCUCCUCAACGUCUUCGACCUAUUGAAAACCUAUUUUGCGGAGCAUUUGCGGGUGUCCUUGGCCAAACUGCCUCCUACCCCCUUGAUAUCGUUCGUCGAAGAAUGCAGACAGCCGGCCAUCCUGAAUACACCCGUAGCAUUGUGGGCACAAUGAGGAUAGUCUAUCAACACGAAGGUCUAUUCCACGGUCUCUUCAAGGGAGUGACAAUGAAUUGGAUCAAGGGCCCAAUAGCUGGUGCCAUCAGUUUCACUGUCUUUCAUCAACUUCAAUCCCUCUACUCUCGUUGGCAAAACUGCUCCAAACCACCACCGAUAUCAUGA